GAAUUGUUACUCAGGGACACAGAAUUGUUACUGAGGGACACAGAAUUGUUACUGAGGGACACAGAAUUGUUACUCAGGGACACAGAAUUGUUACUGAGGGACACAGAAUUGUUACUGAGGGACACAGAAUUGUUACUCAGGGACACAGAAUUGUUACUGAGGGACACAGAAUUGUUUACUGAGGGACACAGAAUUGUUACUCAGGGAGACAGAAUUGUUACUCAGGGACACAGAAUUGUUACUCAGGGACACAGAAUUGUUACUGAGGGACACAGAAUUGUUACUCAGGGACACAGAAUUGUUAUCUCAGGGACAGACACAGAAUUGUUACUCAGGGACACAGAAUUGUUACUCAGGGACACAGAAUCGUUUAAUUAAAGAGUAUGUCAGACAACAUGCAGAGGAGUGGCAGAGGAGGCAAUGUUUUUAGGAACAGCGAGCAGGCGUGGCAGCAGAGGAAGGGGUCGAGGCAGC